AUGAUUGAAUAUAUUUUAUACACCGCUCUUGCGGGUUUGGCACUUUUGCCACUAUUGCUUUACCUUAGAAAUCCCUAUUUUUUGCAAGAUCUAAGUUACGCAAUCACUGCAAUUAAAAUCGGCGUGCAACUGGGCAGAUUCAAGCGUCAGAAGCCGUUUUACAGCAUUCUGGACUGUUUCCUGGAGAAAGUGGCGAAGCAGCCGCAGAAGACGUUCAUCCUUUUCGAGGGGAGCUCCUACACCUACGGUCAGGCCGACAGGGAGAGCAACAGGGCGGCCAGAGCGCUGUCCACGCACGCCCGGCUGGCGGCGGGGGACACGGUGGCCCUGUUCCUGGGCAACGAGCCGCAGUUUGUGUGGACCUGGCUCGCACUGGCCAAGCUGGGAUGCACGGCUUCCCUGCUGAACUACAACAUCAGAUCCAAGUCUCUGCUGCACUGCUUCUCCUGCUGCGAGGCCAAGGUCCUGGUCGCUGGGGCUGACCUGCGAGAGGCCGUGGAGGAGGUGUUGCCCACCUUGAAGGAGCAGGGCGUCCGUGUGUUCCUCCUGGGUGAGGCCUGUGACGUGGAGGGCAUCGAAAGCCUUUCUGAUAAGAUCCAGCAGGCCUCAGACCAGCCUCUGUCACCUCAGCUGAGGGCCAACAUUAACCUGAAGAGUCCCGCGCUGUACAUCUACACCUCAGGAACCACAGGGCUUCCUAAGGCAGCUUUGAUCAACCACGAGAGGAUAUGGAUGGCAUCUUUUCUGCAGUCUAUUGCUGGCAUGCGCUCAGACGAUAUCAUCUACAUAUACCUGCCUCUUUACCACAGCGCUGGCUUUUUGAUGGGACUUUGUGGAGCCAUAGAAAAAGGCACCACUGUCGUUUUAAGGAGAAAAUUCUCCGCCUCCCACUUCUGGAAUGACUGCAGGAAGUACAAUGUGACUGUUAUUCAGUACAUAGGAGAAAUUAUGCACUACCUCUGCAACAUACCGCAGAGAGACAACGACAGGGAUCAUAAAGUCCGACUGGCUUUGGGGAACGGGAUAAGGGCCGACACCUGGGCUGACUUCCUGCAGCGGUUUGGGGACAUUCGGAUCUGUGAAUGCUACGGAGCAACAGAAGGGAACAUCGGCUUUGUCAACUACAUUGGCAAAGUUGGAGCUAUUGGCAAGGAGCAUUUCCUCCACAAGAUGGGAUGUCCGUAUGCCCUCAUUAGGUACAACACAGAGAAAGAGGAGCCAGUCAGAGACUCCAGAGGAUUUUGUAUUGAAGUCCCCAGAGGAGAGACCGGUUUGUUGGUGGCAAAGAUCGGAAAAAGGACGCCUUUCAGCGGCUACGCCAAGAACAAGCAGCAGACAGAGAAGAAGAAGCUGACCGACGUGUUCGUGAAGGGAGACGUCUACUUCAACAGCGGCGACCUUCUAAGGAUAGACAGCGAGGGUUUUGUCUACUUUCAAGACCGCAUUGGAGACACUUUCAGGUGGAAAGGAGAAAAUGUGGCAACCACAGAGGUGGCUGAUCAUUUGCUCAUGGUGGACUGCAUUGAGGAGGCUAAUGUCUACGGUGUGAAGGUGCCAGGACACGAGGGACGAAUUGGAAUGGCAGCACUGAAGCUGAAAGAAAACAUGGACUUUGAUGACAAGGCUGCAUAUCAGCAGGUCAAAAACUCCCUCCCCAGCUAUGCAAGACCACGUUUCAUUCGCUUACAGGAUUCACUGGUAGUGACUGGCACGUUUAAGCAAAUGAAGGUGAAGCUGGCAGAGGAGGGCUUCAACCCUGCCGUCAUCAAGGACCGUAUGUUCUACCUGGAGGACAAUAAGGGCUACACGCCCAUGACUCAGGAGAUUUUCAACUCCAUCGCAGAGGGAAGAGUCAGGCUUUGAAAGCGUUCAGAGUUCACUACUGGAUUGUCAACCUCAAAUAGUGCCUGUGAUUUUUGUUUUUUUAGGUUAUAGGUGAUACAGGAUGCGACAUAAUCGCAAAUGACCUGCACAUUUCAUGAAUGUAGUAUUUUGUACUGAAAUGUAUCAAGAGAUAUGAUUUCAUUUGAAAUGCUUCUUUUGGUAAAGACUUGUUUUAUUGAAAGAUUCUCCAUUUACAACGCAAUUGCAAUACAUGAAAUAUAUGAACAUUUACAUUCAGGCAUGAGAAGAUAGAUUUAAAGGAAGCAAAUAGAAGAAUACACAUAUGUAUACAGACAAAUGCAAAUAUACUUAUAGUAUAUAGUAUACUAACAUAAUAAUAAUGAUAUGUCUACUUAUAUAUAUAUACAAGUAAAAUAUUGAUAAUGGCAUAUAUCAUAUAUUACUAAUGUUAAACUGAACCUAACGAUUGUACUCUAAUAAUAAUAAUGAUAAUGAAAGAAUACAUUCACUGAAUAGAAAAUGAAAGCAAAUAAACACACGCACACACACACCACAUUCAUAUUCAUAAAUGUAUAUACACACACAUACACACACACAUAUAAAAAGGU